AUGGGUACCCAGCCUAAGACAGUGUUGCUCGGCAACCACGACAACCUUCUCAAAGAUCCAACACAGUGGAUGGUGGGUAUUGAGGUUUACUUGGGAGCCCUAUACGCAUUCACGGACACGGUGGACAAAAUAUCGGAACCCCUCACCAAGGAAGAAGACGAUAAAGUGUCCGAAUAUAUUACUAACGCAGAGGAACUCAUCGCCAGUACUACUAACAUGCUUCUUAAGUUGGAAAUGACCAAGGCUAGCCUAGCCUCUCAUAACCUUACAUUUUCAACAUAUACUGGAUCUCAUCCUCCUCCAGAAGUUCCUGCAGCAAAGAUAGAGCUGCCGAGGACUACCAAUACCAGAGUUCAACGGCAAAAGCUGGCAAUGGGAUAG